UCUAUUGAUCGGAAACACCCGAACCCAAUGAAGUAUGCAGAAGAUAUCGAAAUAUACAAUACCGAGAAGCAAGAACAGAGAUUGUUCCAAUUACUUGUGGCUCUAAAUAACAAGUAUGAAAGCAUCAAAAAGGAGAUACUUAGGACAGAACCACUUCCCUCGGCUGAAGCGGCAUACGCCAUCCUCCGGCGAGAAGACGCCAGAUCGAAUGUGCUCCAGACGGAAAACUCCGGCGCACAGGGAGUCGGAGCUGGGCUAGCCGUGACUCACCAAUGGCAAAACCACCGACCUCAUCCCCAACGGAACGUCGGCGGCAGCAAUGGUGGUGGAUGGCACAAGAGGACCGAUGAGGACAAGUCGAAACUCACCUGUUCCCAUUGUGGGAAGAAGAAACACACACGGGAAUCCUGCUUCGAGAUCCAUGGUUAUCCGGAGUGGUGGCAAGAGAGAAAGACCAAACCACCGCCGAUAUCACUCCGGAACAGUGGGCACGCAGCGGCGGCAGUGGGAAAAGGAGAAUCAGCCGCCUCCAUCGGGAGCAACAUGGGAGUCGCUAGCAACCGAUGCGGCAACUCAGGGAUGGAAGCUGCACCGUCCGGAGUGGCGACAGUGGCCAAGGGAGGAGGAGGAGUCGCUCAAUCGGAUGUGGGGGAGAAGGAAAUGGAGGCGCCGAAUUUGGGAGGAUAUCAGGACAGGGGAAAUUAUUGGACGUGGCACUGAGCGGGACGGGCUGUAUUACGUCGACGAAAUAACACAACAAGGAACCGCAUUGCUGACUCAUGGAUCUACUGAUCGGGAAGCCUGGCUCUGGCAUAGACGUUUGGGACAUCCUUCCACGGGUUAUCUAAAAAUCCUCUUUCCUAAAUUCAGUCAAGAUAUGUAUUGUGAAACUUGUAUGUUAGCCAAGAGCCAUAGACAGUCAUAUAAAUCAAAUAA